CGGACAUGUUUCACCAAAUUAAUCAAUAUCCUGUGCGGUGGCCGGGAGGUGCUGCUGGUUCUGCUCCUGCUUUCGGCUAACGGCAUUUGGCAGAUGGCGUCGCUGGAUGCGAUCCGCACGGACGAUGUGCCAACGAACUGCCGGGUGGAGACCACGGUGACGUCCGGCACGUUCGACCAGUACUACGCCCUGGCCGACAUCGGCAACCGACCGUCGGAGCGCCAUCUGGUGAACGUCAGCGUGGAGAUCGCGGUGCGCAGCCGGCAGGAGGAGCUGGCGGUGCUGCUGUCGAGCCUGGACCGGUCGCACCAGUAUCCGGACUUUGCCCACACGUACGAGAUGCGGCUGACGAACGUCUACACCGUCCUGUACCGGGAGACGCUCAAGCUGCGGGCGUACCACAGCCCUCAGGACAAACUGUUCCCGGCCGAUCGCUUCCGGCUGCGGUUUCUGAUCGGCCACGACGGCAACCUGACCGUGCUGGCGAACGACGAUCCGGCGCGGGUGCUGCUGGCGGUGGUGGACACCCAGCCGCCGCUGGAACCGCACUACAUCAGCUUCGCCUCGCGGAUGAACGCCUACCCGAUUCGGUUCUCGCUAGGCUGCGGACUUCCGGAGCUGACGCCGGAAGCAACCACUGCCGAUCCGGACAUGUUCAGUGCCACACAGGCGACGGAGUUGUCCACUCCACCAGUCGGUGUCAACAACGCCUGUCCACCCUGCCCGGAGUGCGCCAAGCAGCGGUGUCAGGUGGUCGUGCGGGCAUGCGCAGACAACGCCAGGGACGCAAACGAUCGGUCAAGGGACGAGCAGGAACAGCGGUACUACUUCUACUUCAACCUUCUCCUCCAGAAGAACAAGACCAAGCAGGCGAUCGAGCCGAGUUCCGGUCGGAAAGCCAAGCCGUAA